UACAGCGAAGCGUCGCGGUUUGGAGCCACAGGACCGAACGAUAGAGUUCAGGCCGGGAGCGACUGCGAAGGGGACCGCUCGUCGACCCUGGGGAGUUGUGAGUAAAAGGAAGCGAACAUUUUUGUUAAGUAUUUCCUGUCCUUAGGAUGUUUGCAAAAGCAACCAAAACUUUUGUGAAGGAGGUUGACUGUGGGGGAGACUUGAUCUCUGUAUCAUCUCUGAAUAACUUGGAUAAAUUACAGUUCCUGAACUUAGUCACAAAGAAAAAGAAAACCUGGUGCUGGCAAAAUCCAAAGUACCAUCUCUUGUCAAUCACAUUGAAUGAUGUGCUUGCUGAAGAUGUACAUGAUCCUAUAAAACCAGUUAUUAUAGAGUCUGACUUUGUGAAGUAUGAGGGCAAGUUUGAAGAUUGCAUCGGAGGAAGCAUUGAAACUUCAUUAGGAAGAAUCAGUUUAGGAACUGGAGGAAGAGACAUUGUGGAAAGCCGAUCCUCUUUUGGAAAUCUCAAAAAGCAAGAAGUUGACUUGCACAAGCUUAUGAAAGAUGUGAAGGGAAGGUCAAUAAAUCUACAGACUUCGUUGUUGCAACAAAUGCUCCAAAGAAAGCAUGAUGUUCUUUGUAUCCUUACGGAAAAAAUAAUGACAACUCAGAAAUGUUUAAUAUCUGAACACAUUCAAAAAGAGGAAAAACUGGCUGGUAUGGUGGGAAUAAGUACAAAAAUUAUAAAGGUAUCAGUGAGUGAAAAUGGGAAUAUGAUCAAGAAUUCUAAUGUGGUACUGGAGAUCCCUGCUCCAACAGCAAUUGCUUAUGGUGUAAUAGAGCUGUACAUAAGGCGUGACGGUCAAUUUGAAUUCUGCCUCCUUCAUGAUCAACAAGGUGGUUUUGAAAGGGGGGCCAUAGAAGGGCCAUCUUACCGUUCUUUGGCCUUCGAAGAUGCUUGCUUCCCUCAUCCCUUGGAUGCUGUGGAUAAUGAGAAAUUGCCUGGGCCUGAAAGCCCUAUUCCAACUGGUGCUUCACUAAGCAUUCUAAGCAAAGAUGUCCUCCAGUUAAAGACCCAGUUCCAACCUUUUAUGAACCUAUCAGAAGAGAAGCAGAGAGCUUUAUACCGAAUGGUGUGUCACUUUUUGCUUCAUGAAGAAACAGUGAUGCAAUUAGAAAAUGUGAUGGACAAUAUAUGUUCUGAGGACAGUCCAGGAAUCCUAGUAAUGGAGGAAUUAAAGUCACCAGAGGAACCAUGUUUAGAGGAGUUUCUGCAGCUUGUAGGUGUCCAUUUACAGAGCAGACCAUUGAUUCACAAUAAGGAGCUUUUCUUAGCUGUUCAUCUCCUCCUCAGUGCUGUGGCAGAGCUGUCAAGUUAUUCACUAGUCCUGCUGCUAGCCUGCUGUGACCUCCAGCUUGUCCCUACUCUGUGUUUCUUGCCUAAUAUGACCUCAGAGGAUGGCACAAUGACACUUGCAGAUCCUAUACUAGCUCCACUUGCUCACCCAGAAAGGUUUCGGAUAGCGCAGAAGUUAUUUGCUUUAUCAAACAUUAAUCUGGAAAUGACUGAGACUUCUAUCAAAGCUGCAACCAUGAAAAAAUCCAGUUUUUCCCCAAUCAUUCUCUAUAUAGCAUUGAAUGGCCUCCACACAUUAGGCUGUGAAAGAGACAAGAACUGAUGAAGCUGUUUGGAUGGUUUAAUACUGCAACCAUCUCUGUUUAAUGCCUCUUAGAGCUGAACCUGCUUGAUUUGUAUCCAUGCAACUAGACUAUCAGCCAAUGGACUGUUAUUGGAGCAAAGCAAACACUGAAACGAAGUAUAUGAAUGAAAAGAUACAAAGAUAAAAAAAUCUAUGCAAGGAUACUUGGUGAAAUAUUUAACAUUCCUAUGUUGUUUUAAAGUACAGAAAGAUUACAGGUAGUCCUCACUUACCAGCCAUUCGUUCAGUGACUGUUUGAAGUUACGACAGUGCUGAAAAAAAUAACUUUACAGCUCAUUUACAACCAUUUACGACCUUUGCAAUGUUCUUCAGUCACAUGAUCGCCGUUACACUCAGUAUGCAUUGUCUUCUGCCUGACUAUCACAGGUUCUUUUUUUAAACUAUACCUAAUUAGAUUGACCCAGACUCAAAAGAGCCACAAAAGCACUGGACUCUGGACAGGUGGCUGCAGAGCUUCCAGAACACUCAUCUCCACCUACACCUGUUUCAAGAUUGCAGAUUUAUUGGCAGCUCUGCCGUGCUACCACUGGGGAGAAGGCUCAAAUAGGAGGGGAAGAAAGCAACCUGUUCUUCCACACUGACCUGUUUUUUUUUUUUCUUUUUCGUCCCCUUGCAGAGCAGAGAGAUUGCAGAGAAAGGGAUUGCAAGAAAGUAAACUCUUUGCUCUUCUACUCAUUGAAAAUAAUGCAAUAGUGCUAGCAGUAGGAAUGGGUCAGGCAAAAGAGAGAUUGUCUCAGAGAUUGCUUGCUUUUUUCCUCUUCCCUGCCCCCCAAGUGGAGAGAUUGGAGAGAAGUGGAUUUCAAGAGACUAAGCUGUUUGUGUAGUGCACCCACAACUCCCAGCCCUGCACUGUGGCACAAUCACGUUGCUUUUGGAAACAGUAAGCAGGCACUCCAGCAUUCCAAAGGGCAGGGGAGUGGUUAAGAGGCAAACAAAGCUGAAGGUGUGAAACU